UUCAUCCAGUAGAGUUGAUUAGCGUUAGUAUAGUAGGUAAAAUGCUAUUGCUAGCUUUAUUGCAUGCUAUUUGGCAAGACUAUGCUUCCAGCCAUAUUUCAUUCACCAGAACAAUGACAUACAACAUAUUUUGGUGUUUCCUGCCAUACAAAAUGUUCCUCGGUGCUUGGACAUUUUAUUUUGAUACAAAAUAGGCUGUAUUUUGUAUCAUUCCUGGUGACCUUGUCUCUUGGGAAAGCAUGUCCUGGAAACAUGCUGAAGACUAAAUGCAAAUAUGGUGGUGGUUUUUAAACCUUCCGUUGGUAAGUGGGCAAGAACCGCCUCUUCUCUUCCAGGCGGUUGGCUGGAAGAUGACUGUGUCAUUUCAUUUCAGAGGAGGAAGUCGUUGGAAAAUGCAGAGUACUUGAGCUGGACUGAGAGCAUGGAGCUGCAGAAAUCUGCGAGCGAAGAGGAGAUCGCCAGGCUUCGGCACCAGGUACUGGAACUCGAGGCUUCGCUGUCCAACAGGCAGCAGCAGCUGGACAUCCUGGGAGCAGACCUCGAAAUGCAGAAAAAGUCAAUUGAGGAUUUGACCUUACAGAAGUCAAAGGCUGAGUAUGAGGCCCAGAAAUAUCGUGUUGAACUAGAAGGUGUGAUCAAAAGCAAGGGUUCCAUCGAGCAAGAGUUGAAUCGUGCUCGACAACUGGUUCAGCAGUCAGAGGCCAAACAGGCCUCCCUGGAAGAGAGCCUCCGCAAUCUUAAAAAGAGCAUAGAGGAGAGCACAUUAGCCCGUAAGAAGCUGGAAGAUCAUUUACGUCGCAAGGACAGUGACGUACAGGGCCUGGAGGAACACAGUCGUACGUUAGAGCGAGAACUUAGGGCUAAGGAAGACGCUGAGGCAGAGCUUCUUAGCCAUGUGAGAAUCAUGGAAAUGGAUCUGGCCCACCAGUCAGAAGUCAGGAUGAUGCAAGGUGAAUCCGUGUUGGGUUUCUCCAAAGAUGGCGGCCAACUGGCAACUUUUAAAACUAGUUCUUCAAUAAUCCACUCUGAAUCUGAGGCAGAAGUCCUGCAACGCAAAAUGGAGGAGCUCAUUAAGAGCAAGAAGCGAGCUGAGACUGAAAUCAAGUCCUUGAAGUCUGAAUUGAACUCAAUUAUUGUGCACAAAACGGUGGCUGAGGAGAAAGCUCAACGUUUCAAAGAACUCUUAGAUGAAGCGAACAACAGGCUUUUGAAGCUACAAGUGGAAAUGGAUGCAGAUAGGUCCAACAUGAGACAGAAAUCAGAGGAGUUGAGACAAGAAACUUCUGAACUAAAAAAGUCUGUGUAUGUGUAUCAAGAACAAAUCAAGUCUCUCCAAAGAGACAAAUCUGCUCUGGAGCAAAGAGUGCUGUUCCAGAAGACAGAGGUUGAUGGCCUAAAAGACCAGCUCAAGGUCAACCAAGGAAAACUUCUACAGUGGACCUCUUUGGAACAGGAGAGCACUCAUAAGUUGAGGUGCUUGGAAGACGAGUUGUCUUCCAAACAAUCUGAGGUAGAGCAGACGACAUUCAAGGUGAAUGAACUUAAUAGAAAAAAUCAGUUAUUGGAAAGUGAUACCCGGCAUCUUAAGGUAAGUAUUGAGUCAAUCCAGCAGGACAAAUCACAUGCUGACCAAAAGAUUAAAACCCUAAAAGGUGAGGCAGAGGUUUUAAAGGAGCAACUGCAGAGAGCCAAAGAGGAAAUCAAUCUGAAGACAAGAACAGAGAAAGAAGCUCAACUCAAAAUCAAAAACCUUGAACUAGAGCUUCAGAAAAGUUCCUUGCAAGGGACACAGCUUACCAAGAAAGUAGAAGAACUCAAGAAGAUUAACAUGGAGACUGAACGUUCUAUUAAAAAUGUCAAAGCAGAACUUGACAGAGCGUCCAUCGAGAUUGACAGUAAGGAACAGCAAAUUAAUAUACUCAGAUCCCAGGCAGAAAGUGCAAAAUCUCAGGUAAAAAUUGUUGAAGAGGAACUUCUGAAUAAAACACAGGUAUCCCAUGAGCUUCAAAUCAGACUUAAAGAUUACAACGAAGAAGCCAAAAAAACCACCGAGCUACAGCAGAAGAUCAAGUCUCUCACGUUGACCCUCACCAACUAUGAAAAAGAUAUUUCAAGUCUCAGAGCAGAGCUGAGUUCUAUAACAUCAGAGAGGAAUCUGGCUAAUCAGAAGGUUCAGGAACAUAAAGUCGAGAUAAAUAACCUGAACAUGGCUUUAAAAAAAGCCGUAGGAGAAUCUCAAAGGGAGUCAUCUGAAGGUAAAAAGAACUUGUCAAAAGUUCGAGAACUUGAAAAUGAGCUUUUGAAAUGUAAGCAGACAAUUAGUAGGAUCAGUGGAAGUUCAGAGAAGGCCACGGUAAGCCUGAAACAGGACAUUUCAUCCCUUCAGAGGGAUAAGCAAACAGCUGACCAGAAGUUACAGGUUUUAAAAUGUGAAUUUGAUGAUCUUAGUUCCACUCUAAAAAGAACAAAAGAUGAGCUACAGCGAGUGACUGAAGAAAACAGGUUAAGUCAGUCCAAACUAAAAGAGCUAGAGGCGGAGCUCCAAAGGAAAAGUUCUGUUAUGCGAGAAUUGAGCUCAAGCGCAGAUAAAUCUGUGCUGAAUUUAAAACAAGAGCUAGUCACUUUUCAGAAGAAUAAGAAUGCAGUGGAAGACAAAGUCACAAGUUUAACCCUGCAAACAUCAGAGUUGAAGCAGAAGUUGAGACAAACCCAGGAAGAGCUUAAACAGAAGCAAAAUCAAACAGCAGCUGCUGAGAUGAGGUCGCAAAAGCUUGGUGAACAAUUGGACAACUGUAAAAAGAUGCUUGACGAUCUCAAAGGUAAGCUCGACAUACAAAAGAAAGGCUAUGAGACUCAACUGCAGCUAGUGCAGGCUGAAAUGGAGCAAAAGCUUUCGCUGCAACAAUCACGCUUAAAGUUGGAGCAUGAGAGGAAAUUAAAGGAGCGCUCGCAUACUGUGGAAACUGCUGAGAGAGACAACAAGCACCUGUCUCAAGAAGUGGAGAAGCUGAAAACAUUAAUUGCUAAUGCAACAAAAGCAAAACAAGAGGCUGAGGAGCAACUCUGCAACGUACGCACACAGAUGGAUGAAUCUGACAGGCAGAGGGGGAUACUUGACCUUGAACUUCUCAAAGCAAAAUCAAAGAUUUCUGAGUUAGAAACUGAGAAAAUCAGAGUAAAAUCCAGCAUUUUUCAACUUGACAGUAUUCACAAAGACAGCUCAAACGAGAUAUCAAAGUUAAAGCAAAUGCUGACAGAGACUAAGCAAAAAUUAGACAUCUCAGAAAGGGAAGCAAGAUCUCUAAAGGAAAAGAUUGUUUCAUACAUCAGUGAAAUGAAGUCUCUACAGGAGAAGAAUCUGAAGCUUGAGGUAGCAGUCAGUUCUGAGAAGAAGCAUCUAAAAGAAUUGGAGGCACUCGGACAAGCCAGUCAUCAGUGUGCUAAAGAUGAAGAGCUGAUUAUGCUAAAGACUGAACUUCAGCUGACUCAGAAAAUCGUUGCGUCAUACGAAGAAGCGAAACGGAACUUGAAGGAGGAAGAGCUCAAGAAAAUGAAAAUGAGCUCUGAGGUAGCUACACUGGAAAAAGAAAAAGUGCUGGAGGAGCUACGAAAAGUAAAGCAAAGCCAAAUGCAAGUGAUCAACGAGAGAACCCUGGAAUAUGCUACUAAGAAACCAGAAAAUUCAGUUUCACUCCAGAAUGCAAAUGUUUUUGAAAUACACACAAACCAAGUGAUGGUUGGUAACAGUCAGAGUGAGAUCACUGACACUAUACUUAGAAAAAGCUCAGUGUCUGAUAAAGGCAGGUCUGGUAAAAGCCAGAUUGUCUCAUUCAAUAUCACUGAUUCCGAUUCCUCCAUCGAUCUUGCUUCUGACUCGCCUAUAACAAGUAAAUCAAAAGGGCUAAAAAUGGAGUCGUCUUCCAAUAAAAUUCAAGGUCUCAGAGGAAGGAUAAGUAUUAAAAAGUUGGUAAAAACUAAAAUAAUUACUCAGGAAAUUGCACUCAAGUUGCAAAAAGGCCUCAUUACUAUAGAGGAGAUAGAAGUAUCACUUGCUCAAUUCACUGGUAAACCGUCCUCAAUUGCAGGUGUUUACAUGGAGUCUAGCAAGAAAAAGCUGAACUUCCUAGACGCUGCAGCAGGAGGAUUUAUCUCUAAAACUUAUGCCAUUGAGUUUCUGGAAGCGCAAGCUGCCACAGGAUGCAUCAUUGAUCCUAUGACAGGUGAAGCUUACUCACCGUCAGAUGCUUUUGAGAAAGGUAUCAUUACUGGGGAUCUCAAGGACAAAAUAAAUGAAGCGUACAAAGCAGUCAGCGGUUAUACUCAUGCUGGGAAAAUUCUUUCAGUGUUUCAAGCUAUGGAGGAGAGAAUUCUAGACAGGCAUCGAGGUAAAGCAUUAAUAGAAACACAGAUCUCUACUGGAGGGUUGAUUCACCCAUUGAUUGGAUGUAGGGUGCCCAUGGAUGGUGCACUAGAGCAGGGGCUCAUAAAUCAAGCCACACUUCAAAGUCUCUAUGAUCCAGUCAGCAACCCAAAAGAUUUUCACUUCCUAGAAACAGGGCAAAAGGCGUACUAUAGCGAACUGCUCAAAAUCUGUGUGUAUGAUGUCAACGGUGGAGUGUAUCUUCUUCCUUUUGGUGAUCAGCAUCUGUACACCCUCUCACCAUCCAGCAAACACAGAAUAUCGGUCAUCAACACUUCUAAUGGUGCGAAAAUGUCAGCCUACGAAGCAUACAAGGCCGGCCACAUUGACAAGAGAACCUACCUGUUUCUCUCACAAAAAGAGAGCGAAUGGCAGGAGAUAACAAUCAUGGACUCAAGUAGGAACCUUCUACACAUCCUAACAGACCAUAAGAGUGGGCGGCAGCUUUGCGUUGAAAAUGCUCUUAGUCUGAAAAUUCUCCAAAUGGAGGAGCUCAACAGCUACCGGAGUGGUCAGCUCAGUAUUUCUGAGCUCGCUGAUCUUUUGAUUUCCAGAAGAGUUGUCUUUAAAGUCCCAAACAGUCCUGUUGCAGGACUCUGGGAUGUUUCUUUGAAGAAAAGACUCCCGGUUUUCAAAGGACACCAGCAGAACCUUGUGGACCGACUCACCGCACUGAGGUUGCUAGAAGCCCAGGCUUGCACUGGAGGCAUCUGUGAUCCAGCAUCUGGAGAAAGGGUUCUGAUUAAAGAAGCACAACAUCGAGGACUCUUGGACGAAGGUUUUGCUAGACAGCUUCAGCAAUGUGAGCAAGCCUACUAUGGUAUCAUUCACCCUCAGAAUGGAAAGACUUUGACUGUGGCUCAGGCGAUGCAAGAGAACCUUUUUCCAAAAGAAGUUGGAGUGAAGUGUCUUGAGUUUCAACUGGCGACUGGUGGGCUCAUUAACCCAGACAGCCAAGAGAGAGUCUCUUUGGAGGAUGCGAUACAGAAUUGCUUGAUCGACAAAGCAACUGCUGCGCAUCUUCAACAUGACAACUCUCAUACGAAAUGCAUCACCUGCCCCAAAACCAAGCGAAAAAUGUCUUUCAAGGAAGCUCUAGAAAAGUGUGUCUUUGACAGCCACACUGGGUUCGUCAUUCUUGAAGCAACAAAACCCCAUAGUACUGGCAAUACUUCAUCCUUCCAAUACUUCUGGACCUAUCGGCACUUCUGAUAUGGUUGUGGACAGUGUCUAAAAUCUAAAAUCAGGUCAUUUUUGGUGAAUGUUUUACGAAUGGUGGAAAAAGUAAUUGAUAUGGCUAGUUUAUUUGCUACCCUUCUAAAAGUCGUAAUGGUGAAAAUGGGAGUCUUUAAAUAUGGGAUUUUUUCUACUGUAAGAUAUUAUUUAAAAAAUGUCUCAUAUCUUGUGAUCCAUUUAUUUCUUUUCAAUGGCAUCUUUUAAUUUAUUGCCAAGCAUGCUUCCACAUAAAAUGGCUGGGAGCUUAAGACCUGCUGAUUUCUUGUUGUACAUUGUAUUCAAACAUAGAAUUUAUUAAGCUAAUUAUGAAUGUUUUACGUUGUUUUCUAAUCCACCCUACAAUUUUUCCCCAAUGA